GUGGCGGCGAGGGCUGUGGCUCGCUGACAUCUCGACUUGUGUAGCCGCGGCGGGCGGGUGGAUGGGGUGUGUGAGGCCGCGCUCUCGCUGUGGCUGUCAGAGUUUGGUGCACAAGUGUGGAGGUGGCCCCGCAGACCACACGUAUCUCGCCGCGCUCCCCGGGCCAAGUUAUCUCCUACGUGUGUGCGCCCCGCCCUGUGUGUCCUGCCAGCGUCCUGGUGUGACGGCCGCCGCUCCUCCUCGACCUUGCGCGGGGGAUGAGUGGCAGCGGGCAAGUAGACUCGACCGGCUGCCACUGCGUCGGGAAAGAGAGGUGACCUGCUACCCGGCCAGCAUCAGGGUGGGGUAGUCCGAGGCUCGCCUUAGCCACGUCAGCCUCACUGCCGCCUCCCUCCACCAGGCGUGCCGGACACCUCGUACUGAGGGCGCGUCCAUGUGGGGUGACGGUGAGGUGUGAUCGAAGAGCGGGCGGGAAAGCAAGCCGCCACUGUGUUCACCUGUAGUGGCGGCUGACUGCCGCUCCUGACGGGCUGGGACGCUCGUCAGCCUCAGCGUUGCCCUGACGCCCCUUCCCUGACUGACCCCAGUGCUUGGGCUCAGCAGUAGUCGUAGUGCGUCGUAGCCUGUGUGUAGCACGCCGAGAUGAUGUACUAGAUGUAGAGAAGCUUUGGUCAGAAGUGUAGCGUAAGCAGUGUGCUUCAGGCUGAUCCUGCUGUUGUAGAAAAAGUGGUAGCCCGCGUAUGUGUGCGUCUCUGUGAGUAAGUGUGUGUGCGUGCGUGUGUGUGUGUAUGAGUGUGUCUGUGGUCGUGGCCUAGCUAGACUUCCCGCCCUGUAGGUCGUGGUAAUCAUGAUAAAUGUUCUAGAAAAAAAUCUGUAGAAAAGAAACUAGCAGCCAAGCGCGUGGGUAGCAAAUUGUGCGCGUCGUAACUAGAGGCUUUGAGUGUGUGGUGUGUGGAGGCAACACCCGAGUGAGCCAACAACUCCCGCUUGUAGUGAGCAUCGGGUAGUCGCGAGGCACGUCAAGUCGUCGCCGUAGUCCAGUGUCGUGUACCUGAGCCUAUGUAAUGCCUCCCUGCCUAGAUGUAGCCCGCCAGGGAUAGUCCGCUAGCAAACCGGCACGAUCCGCUUCACUGUGUACGUAGGGCGUUCAAGAGUCGCUAGUGAGGCGUAGAUCUUCCAAGCCUAUCGUCGUUGUGGUUGUGGUCGUCGUGUAGUGCAGCCAACCGUCGCCAGCUUCCCGCGUCGUAGACACACAGAGUAGAGGCGAGCAGUGCGUCGUUGCUUCUGUCUGUCUGACCGUCUCUGUCUGUCUGCGUGGUGGCGCGACCCCAAGGCGUGCAGGAGUGAGCGGGUUGACCUGGUGAUGUUGGGCUGGAGGCUCGGUGACAGGCCAUCCCGCCGCCGCUGCCCGCCUACCGCCGCCUCCUAACGCCCCGGCCCGCGCCAUGCUGCAGGUGCCCGAGAUCAGGGCUCCGGACGAGGAUGACGGUGACGGCUCCUCAUCGUCCGGGCAGCGCCUCCAAGUCCCGCAGUUUUCUCUUCUGGCGCCCCCUGACGACCCUCCUGAUGGGGGCGGGUGCUGCGUCACCCUGCAGGUCCCUGAGAUGGGGACCUACGUGCCGUCGGGGAGCUCGAUAUCCUCUUCCGCAACUCGCCUCGAGCCCCCGAAGACCCUGCAUCUGUCCCUGCCGCCCUUCCCCCAGCCCGGCAUGGGCCUAUUGCAGGUGCCAGGGGGCUAUGUGGGUCCCAGGCGCCGCCACUCCUGGAUCUGCAGCUUCGUGAGUCACGGUGCGUGUCGGCGGAGCAGCAACACGGUGUUAUCGACGCCACACCGAGCAGGGCGCCAAUCCUGAGGGACCGAGGAGGCGCCACACAAGGCACACAAGCCUACCAGUUUGCCGCAGCCACGAGUCUUGCUGCACUUAAUCCCUUCAGUACCAUGCCGCGUUUUCAUAUUCUGGUUACUAAUUUGGUGAUUUUGUACAGCUUCAGAAACAUAUGUGGGGGAUUAGAAUAGUAAAGACU